AUGUCCUAUUCUCGCCGUGCUUCCCAUGCCGACAGUUGGUAUGAUGGUAACCCAACGGUGCUGAAGACGACGGUUGACAAUUUGUUUGCGAAGGCGUCAAACUUUACGUGGGAGGGUGGAAAGCGGCUGGUUGGUGUGAUUGCGCCGCACGCUGGUCUGAUGUACUCCGGCUCCACGGCGGCGUGUGUGUACAAGGCGCUGCGGGACUUUGUGUACGGCCCGCUGGGCGGCUCCGUGACGGAAGUCCUCCUCGUCGGCCCCUCGCACCACGCGGACUUCGACGGCGUGUUGGUCUCCGCCGCACGGGCGUACGAGUCGCCGCUCGGGCCGCUGCCGGUCGCGGGGGAAACGGCGGCGGCGGUGGCGGCGGCGCUGCGGGCGGCGGGGGUGCCGGUGGACCGCACCGACCGCCGCACCGACGAGGCGGAACACUCCCUCGAGAUGCAACUCCCGUUCCUCGCCCACAUCGCCCACCACCCGCCGAAGGGGGCCGCGCCGGCAGCAGAGCGCCUCAAACUCGUCCCGCUCCUCGUCGGAUGGACAGACAGGGAGAUGGAGGAACGCAUCGGAAAUGUGCUCGCAGCCUACGCCGCAGAUCCCACACGGAUAUUCGUACUCAGUUCAGACUUCUGUCACUGGGGGUCACGCUUUCAGUACACAUACCACUAUCAGAGAGAGGAACACCCAAAUAUCGGUGACGCCAUUAUCGCAAUGGAUCACGAGGGCAUGCAUUGGCUUGAGAAGCGUGAUAUGAAUGGAUGGUAUGAGUAUCUCGCCCGUACACACAACACUAUCUGCGGGAGACGUCCCAUCUCUGUUGGUAUGGCCGCCGUUAAGAGUCAGCCUACCGCAGCCGUCAAAUUUCUUCACUACUCCCAGUCAAACCGAUGCACCAAUAUGGCCGAUUCCUCCGUAAGCUACGCCGGCGCAGUCAUCACACAAGGUUAA